AUGUCAAAAAUGCUUUCUUUAAUGGUGAUCUUCUUGAGGAAGUCUAUAUGCAACCUCCCCCUGGGUCUACUUAUUCGACUCAUAAGCUCAUACGACUCCAGUCUAUUUGUUCGAACCACUCCUCCUGGCACCACUCUUCUUCUUUUUUACGUGGAUGAUAUGAUUAUCACCGGUGAUGAUGUGGCUGGUAUUUUUAGCCUCAAACAAUUUCUUAAUCGUCAGUUUGAGAUGAAGGACCUUGGUACUCUUAAUUAUUUCUUAGAGCUUGAAAUCUCUCAUGAUUCCAAUAGUUAUUAUUUGUCACAAGCCAAAUACGCAUCCGAUCGUCUGGCAUGUGCUGGUCUUACCGAUUGUAAGACUAUCUCUACUCUUGUUGAUCCUCAGACUCGUCUCAUUCCUCUAGAUGGGGAUCUUCUCUUUGAUGCUACUCUUUAUCGGCUGCUGGUCGGUAGUCUUGUCUAUCUCAUUCUUCAUGCCUUUUCUGAUGCUGAUUGGACUGGGGAUCCCACUAAUCGACGCUCCACCAUGGGUUUCUAUUUCUUCUUAGGAGAUUCUCUUCUUACUUGGCGCAGCAAGAAAUAG